UCCGCCCGUCGCGGCGUCCGGAGCGGCUGCGCCGGCGGCGGAGGAGCCGUAGUCAUGGCGCUGUACAACUUCAAGAAGAUUAUGGUGGUGCCCACCGCCAAGGACUUUAUAGACCUGACCCUGUCAAAGACCCAACGGAAGACCCCCACGGUUAUCCACAAACAUUACCAAAUCCACCGCAUCCGACAGUUUUAUAUGCGAAAGGUCAAAUUUACUCAGCAGAACUACCAUGACAGACUCACCCAAAUCUUAACGGAUUUCCCCAAACUUGAUGAUAUCCACCCGUUUUAUGCUGACCUGAUGAAUGUCCUUUAUGACAAAGAUCACUAUAAAUUGGCAUUAGGUCAAAUUAAUAUUGCCAAGAAUCUAGUGGACAAUGUUGCCAAGGAUUACGUGCGGCUAAUGAAAUAUGGUGAUUCUCUGUAUCGCUGCAAGCAACUUAAACGUGCAGCCCUGGGACGUAUGUGUACAAUUGUCAAAAGGCAGAAGCAGAGUUUGGAGUAUCUGGAACAAGUGCGUCAGCAUCUAUCCCGCUUGCCAACUAUUGACCCCAAUACACGGACCCUUCUCCUGUGUGGUUACCCAAAUGUUGGGAAAUCCAGCUUCAUCAAUAAGGUGACAAGAGCAGAUGUGGAUGUGCAGCCUUAUGCCUUUACCACCAAAUCUUUGUUUGUCGGGCAUAUGGAUUAUAAAUAUCUGCGUUGGCAGGUGGUUGAUACCCCCGGGAUUCUGGAUCACCCUCUGGAAGACAGGAACACCAUUGAGAUGCAGGCCAUCACUGCGCUGGCCCAUCUCCGUGCCGCCGUUCUCUUCGUAAUGGAUGUGUCCGAACAGUGUGGUCAUAAUUUGGAAGACCAGCUCGAACUCUUCCAGAAUAUCAAGCCACUCUUUGCAAAUAAGCCUCUUAUAAUUGUGGCAAACAAAUGCGAUGUGAAGAGAAUCUCUGAACUCUCAGAAGACGAUCAGAAAAUAUUUGCAAAUUUGGAGGCAGAGGGACUUUCUGUAAUAGAGACCAGCACCUUGACUGAGGAAGGUGUGAUUAAGGUUAAAACAGAGGCUUGUGACAGGCUUUUGGCUCAUCGUGUUGAGACCAAAAUGAAAGGAAACAAGGUGAAUGAAGUCCUGAACCGACUGCAUUUAGCUGUGCCCAGCAAAAGAGAUAAUAAGGAGCGGCCGCCAUUCAUUCCAGAUGGAGUAGUAGCACGUAAGAAAAGAAUGGACGUUGAUAUGCCUAAAAGGAAAAGGGAGCGAGAUCUUGAGCUGGAAUUGGGAGAUGACUACAUUUUGGAUCUUCAGAAAUACUGGGAUAUAAUGAACUCAUCUGAAAAAUACGACAAGAUACCAGAGAUCUGGGAAGGCCACAACAUAGCUGAUUAUAUCGACCCAGACAUCAUGAAGAAAUUGGAAGACUUGGAGAAAGAAGAAGAGCUGAGAAAGGCUGCUGGCGAAUACGACAGUGAAUCAGAAAGCGAAGAUGAGGAAAUGAUGGAAAUACGACAGCUAGCGCAACAGAUUAGAGAGAAAAAGAAACUAAAAAUUCUACAGUCCAAAGAAAAGGAUACGCAAGGCCCCAGAAUGCCUCGGACGGCUAAAAAGGUUCAGAGGAAGACUUUGGAAAAUGAGAUGCGCAGUCUUGGUAUUGAUAUGGAUGGCAAAGACGAUGCCCAUUAUGCCAGAAGAUCUCGGAGCGUUACUCGGAAACGCAAACGAGAAGAAUCUGUUCCUCCCACGUCCGUAGCCCGAAGCCGUAGUUCCUCGCGGCCACCGCGUGAUGUUUCUGGUCUUCGGGAUGUCACGAUGGUCAAGAAAGCGAAGACGAUAAUGAGAAAGGCCCAGAAGAAAAUGAAUCGUUUGGGCAAGAAAGGAGAAGCAGACAGGCAUGUAUUUGAUUUAAAGCCGAAGCACUUGCUGUCUGGUAAAAGAAAGCAAGGCACUAAGAGCAGAAGAUAAAACUUUAUCUGAAUCAAUGUA